AUGAAAAAGGCAAUUGAAGCAGUACAAAAUAAGAAUAUGGGGUAUAAGAAGGCUGCCAAGACGUUUGCUGUACCUAGAUCAACGUUAAGGAGGCUGGCCAAAUGUACAGGAGAAUCAUUGGAUUCAGUUGUACACAAACCAUUGGGCAGAAAUCCAUUUUUGAUUGAAACUAUACCAAAUAUUAUCCUGCCCUUGGCACCAACGUUAUUUGCAGAAUUGAUAAGAUAUGAGAUUACAGAAAUAGAAAAACAUGUGAAGAAACAACUUCUUGUUUGUUCCGGUGAAUUUUCACGUAAUAAAAUUUUAGAUGCUCUGACGUUCCUCAGAUUUAAUCCAUUUGUGUUUUCCAUCUGGCGUCUCUUCAACGUUGACAUCACACUGCCGCUUACUUUAUUUACUGUGUGCACCACUUAUACUAUCGUACUUAUACAAUUAAAACAAUUAUACUAA